CCAACAUUUUUCACUCAAACGACUACUUCAAGCCUCAAGUCACGCCAACAGCAGGACAAGCAUGAGUCCCAUGACUUCUUUCAUCUUUCUCUUCUCCUCUCUAGCUUUCCUCAUCACUGCUAGAGCUCAAGGCAGAGCCCCUCAUGGGCUUGCUAAUGCGAAUCCUAUGGCUUUCUCACCAUCAGCAGUCGAAUUCUUCCAUCCCAACACAAAGGAACCUGAUACAAAAAGCCCGUGCGAGGGUUCCAGUUGCUCACCGCUGCACCUAGCCGCUCAAGUGCGUUCAACUCCAGCAUAUGAAAGCAAGUUCUCCACAUCCUCGAAAAGUGGAAACCGACUAGGAGCUGGUGCCAUGGCGGGCAUCGUGUUCAGCGUUGCAUCUGUAGUUCUACUGGCAAUGGGUGCUUUCUAUGUGUUCAGAUCCCGUCAAACCAAUGUGAGCCGAGCUAAUUCCGUUCAAGCAUCUAAUUCUGUUAAACCUGAUGCUUGAACUGCUCAGUUUUAGAAGCUUUGGUAUUGCCCCUGUUUCAGCACCUACCCUUUUCAUCUUAGUUCUCUUUUAGAUUUUUUUUUUAGUUUUGGGUCUGUAAUGUAUGUAUAAUCUUCUAGUGAUUUAUUGCAUGGAUAUGUUCGAAGUAUAAAA